CACUCUCACCGCUUCUGUCACGCUCUGUCCUGUACACUUUUGCCAGAAUCAGAAGCAGCAUUAGCUACUUCACUUCAUGGUGUUUUCAAUUCCUUCCACAGUGAGUAGAUGCAUUCCCAUAAAUUGCACCAGUGCUUAACUCGUGGCCCAAAAUUAAUUCCCUUCAACAAAAGGGGGAGAAAUACCAAACCAACUGUUUUUGUCACGUUAAUUUGGUCAAAACUCAGCCCCUGAUAAUGACACUACUAAUUGGCGCCUUCCUCUUCACUUUAUUGGCACCUUCUUCAGCCCCGACCCCAACCCCAUACAUUCUCAGUCCAGCACGCUCCAUUUCUGCUUCUUCUGCUGCACUACUGUUUCUUGAAUCUGCUUUCCCUAGAUCUGAACUUUUUGGUAUUGGUGAUUCUCCACUUGAUCAUGGAAAAUUCAAAUCUAAUCCCAAAAAGGGUCAUGCCUCUUGGAUCUUUUAGCUUCUCAGAUUUGCUCGACAAUCUUUUCCCCUGAUGUUCAAGAACAAGAGCAGCCAGCAGUCAAAAUGCAGUAUUCAUAUGCCUCCAUUUUCUCAAGGUACUCAGAUUUUAACCUGUUGCUAAUUUUCUUAUCAUUCCUCUCCCUUAGUUUUCUCCAAGCAAGAUCAAGCGAUGCUGAGGCGCUUUUGGCCUUAAAAUCAUCAAUAGACCCAACCAACGUUCUUCAAUGGGGUAGAGAAUUUGUGCCUAAUGUAUGCUACUGGCAAGGAGUCAGAGAGUGCAAGAAUGGGAGGGUCACGAAGCUGGUGGUGGAGAGGCUAAAUUUAACAGGUAUAUUAGAAGAAAACAGCAUGAACCAAUUAGAUCAGCUUCGAGUUUUAAGCUUCAAAGACAACUCCAUUUCUGGCCAAAUCCCAAAUCUUUCCGGCCUAGUGAACCUCAAAUCGUUGUACCUCAACAACAACAACUUUUCCGGCAGCUUCCCGUCCUCCCUAUCGCUUCUGCACCGCCUCAAAGUGGUAGUUCUGGCCAACAACAAAAUAUCCGAUAACAUCCCGGAAUCACUACUCAGACUUCCAAAAUUGCAUGUACUCUAUUUAGAAAACAAUCUCUUAACCGGUGAAAUCCCUCCAUUCAAUCAAACUAGCUUGAAAUUCUUUAACGUCUCAAACAACAAUCUCUCCGGCGAAAUCCCGGCUCACUCUUCCUUGGUUUAUUUCAAUGAGUCCUCAUUUUCCAACAAUGUUGAUUUAUGCGGCGAACAAAUUCAUAAACAAUGUACUCCUUCCAAUACUCCUGGUCCCUCCAUUAGUCCUUCAUACCCAAUAAUCCCAAAAAGUCAAGAAAACCAUAGAAGGAAAAAGAAGCUUAUUUUGAUCCUUGUUCCCAGCAUUCUUGGUGGGAUUUUAUUAGUCUGUAUUAGUGUAGCAGCUUUGAUUGUUUGUUUUAAGGGUAGAGCUAAGAAGACAAAGGACAUCAAGAGUAAAAGCAUGGACGAAGGGGAGGGAGAAGCAGGGGGCAAUGGGGGUAGGGGUGAUGAUCAUCAUGAUGAUCUUGGAGGAGGGGGGAAACAAGGUGCAUUUUCAUGGGAUCAGGGCGGUGAAGGACUAGGGACUCUGGUGUUCUGCGGACCAGGGGAUCAGCAAAUGAAUUAUAGCUUGGAGGAUUUAUUGAAGGCAUCGGCGGAGACGUUGGGGAGAGGUACGAUAGGAAGCACGUACAAAGCUGUGAUGGAGUCCGGAUACAUCGUGACCGUUAAAAGGCUGAAGGAGGCUAGAUAUCCUAGGAUUGAGGAGUUUCGGAGACACGUGGAAGUUAUCGGACGGCUGAGGCACCCGAAUCUGGUCCCGCUUAGAGCUUAUUUCCAGGCUAAGGAGGAACGUCUGCUUGUAUAUGAUUAUUUCCCCAACGGCAGUCUCUUCUCGCUCAUCCACGGAUCAAGAGCUUCUGGUGGUUCCAAACCUCUUCACUGGACGUCCUGCCUUAAGAUAGCCGAGGACUUGGCCACAGGGCUGCUCUACAUUCAUCAGAAUCCUGGCUUAACCCAUGGCAACUUGAAGUCAUCCAAUGUACUCUUGGGUACUGAUUUUGAGUCCUGCCUGACUGAUUAUGGGCUCGCUACUUUUAGAAACCCAGAUUCCAUUGAGGAAUCCAGCGCUUCUUCCCUCUUCUACAGAGCUCCUGAAUGCCGCGACAUUCGAAGGCCUCUAACUCAACAAGCUGAUGUCUACAGCUUUGGAGUUCUUCUUUUGGAGCUCCUCACUGGAAAGACUCCUUUCCAGGAUCUUGUCCAAGAACACGGUUCAGACAUCCCAAGGUGGGUACGAUCAGUCAGGGAAGAAGAGACUGAAUCUGGUGAUGAGCCUGCCUCUAGCAAUGAGGCCUCGGAGGAGAAACUUGGAGCUCUUUUGAACGUUGCCAUGGCGUGUGUUGCACUUGCACCAGAGAAUAGGCCCACAAUGAGGGAUGUUUUGCGGAUGAUCAGGGAGGCAAGGGCAGAAGCUCAGGUGUCUUCCAAUAGUAGUGACCAUUCACCAGGCAGAUGGUCAGAUACAGUUCAAAGUUUGCCCAGAGAUGAACAUUUGAGCAUAUGAGGAAUAUAAAUUUUGGACUCCAGUUUUCAUCAUGUAUUCUAGUUUUUCAAGUUUGAUUUUUUUCAAAAAAAUACUUGUAGAAUGAAUUCCGAGGCAUUGAUUGUAAAGAGUCUAUUCUUGUAGAGACUUUCUAGUUGUCAUUCUUUUAUGGGGUGAGCAACUAUUGCUUAUCUAGCCAUUUUAAAGUUAAAUUCAA